GCAUAUUGGGCGCACAUGGAACUGGAGGGGGCGGAGGGGGCGCUACCGCAUGCUGCACAAACGCCGAAGGCCCUUGUACAUGAGGAACAGCAUAAGGACCAGGAAUCGAAGACGUCUGCCAAUUGCCCGGCGGGUAUAGAAGGGGAAAGCAGCAGGUUCCAAGGGAACUGCAGCCCCUGGCGGUGCAUUCUGCUGCCCCUGAUUCUUCUUCCCUUUGCGAGAACGCCUGCGCAGUGUCUGCUGACGCCCUUGUCCUGGAGGUUGCUGUCCUUGUCCGGGAGGAGUAUGUGCACGGUUCUGUUGACUCUUCCCAGAUCGAGGAGUCUGAGGUCGAAACGACGUAUCCAUCACUUCUUGCCAUGUUCGUCCGCACCAAGCACAACGGGGCAUGGACGGGUUUGCCGUUUUCUGGCAAAACCGGCACCGCCACGGCAUAGGCUUCUGCUGAGACAUUUCUUUCGAAAGACGGGCAAGAAAAUGAAGAUCCUUGGAGUGGUGGGUCGAAAGGACUUUGCGAAUCCGUUCGAGAGAUUCCACAGGCAAUGGUCGAAGGCCUUUGUGAUGUAAAUACCACUGAAGCCGCGCACGAGCACGUAUACGUCGCUGAGCCCGCCUCUGCGGUGAAAGUGCCGUGGUGAAAGUCGCUCAAUGUAAGACCUGGGAUCACCCCCACAAAAUCAAAGAACAAUGCCAAGACGAAGAAGAACUGAAUCCACAGGCACAUACACGACAAGAAAGAACUCGAGGAUGUGCGCCGCAGCAGCAAGAGCUAUC